AUGGUGCCACCUGGAUUUAUUUUCCAGCCAACGGAUGCGGAGCUCUUGGAUUUCUUCCUCAAGGAGAAGCUCCUCCAUCAGCCACUUCCAUGUGACAUAAUCAAAGAAGCCGAUGUCUAUGGAAACCACCCCAACAACCUUACUGCUCAAAUGGCCAUGGCAAAUGGAAACUCGGAGUGGUUCUUCUUCACCUGGACCACUCGAAAGCAUCCUAACGCAGAAGCCAGCACAAGGGCAUCUCGGGUUGCAGGCCAAGGUCGAUGGAAAUCUACCCAAUCGGUGAAGCCGGUGCUCAACAGCGAGGGCCAGGUCAUUGGCUCCAAACAAAACUUCAGCUAUAUGGAACGCACCCCCUUGGGCAAGGAGGAAAAGAGCAUCUGGUUGAUGGAAGAGUACUCCAUCCAGAACCUUAGAAGAUGUGGUGGUGCAGCUAUGACGAUGGACCGAAUAAGCUGGAUGACUGGGUUGUUUGCAAAAUUUAUCUGA